AUGAAUGACGAGUCAUAGGAUGUAGCUGAUGAUUAAUCACAAUAGCAAUAAGAGUUCACCUAGUAAAAUCAGCAAAUUGAAGAGGAGAAAAAGGAAUUUAAUAGAGUUGAACCAGAUAAUUCCGAUCAGAAUUAACAAUAGUAAAUUUCUGUUGCAGAUAAAUUAAGAGAACUGGGUUACAUUAUUUUGAAGGAUGAGACUGAUGAAUAUGGCAAACUUAGAUAAGAUAAAGAUAAUACAAAAGGAUUAGAGUGGCAAGGGCAGAAAAAUUAUGACGAAAUUGGAGAUUUAGUAACAGAUUACGUUUAAAAUGAAAUGAAAACUACAUAUGGACUUAAAGAAGUCUGGAUUCCAGAAAAUGAGGAUUUAGAACCUGAUUAUCAUCAUUUGCCUAAAAGUAAUAUUUAUAUGAGUCCAGAUUUCCUUGAUACCCAACAAGAUAUUGAGAAGGAUGCAUUAAUUCUAAUUUAAGGAACAGGAGCAGUAAGAGCUGGUGUUUGGGCUAGAUCUGUCUGCUUGAAUGAAAGUCUUAAAACAGGAUCCAUGCUAUAAAUGAUAAAAACUGCUUAGCACAAUAAAAUGUCAGUGUUGGUUAUGAAUCCUAAUCUUAGAUCUUAACCUGGCUAAAAUGGUGUUAUCCCAUAUUGUCACUCAAUGGAAUCUCAUAGUCUAUAUGUAUGGGAGAGGUACGUUAUUCCAUCUAGAUUUAGAAAGUUCUAAGUUAUUGCACAUUCAGCUGGAGGGGGCUGUCUCGCAGCUAUCUAAAGAAAAUUUAGUAAGAUUAAGAAAUAGAAUUAACAUGUAUUAAUAGGUGAUAUGUUCUAUGAUAGAUGUUCUAGAGUAGCAUUAACUGAUUCAUGGGUGAUAAAUAGAGAGCAGUUAAAUAAGGAUUAAAUGAAAUGGAUGUAGGAGAAUGCAGUUCAUUUUUUAGCUAGCACUUAACCUUUAGGCGAAGAAAUCAGUAAAUUUACAAGAUCUUCUGUAUGCUAAGAGAAAUCAGCUGGACAUCAGAAACAUGAAUAUACUACUGGAUAUGCCUAUGAAGAAUUAGUAAAGCAUUUUGGAUUGCAAAGAGUCGACUGA